UUGGCUCAAGCGAGGGGCUGGAGUCUUUGCGGAGUUCGGAGAGUUUGCCGUCUUGUGCCAUGUCUCUGAUUGAGUCCUCACCGCGCAGUGAGUGGAGUGAGAGCGAUGAGGAGCUGCGGCGUGUGAGCUGCAGAGGCGUUCUUGGCAUCGCGGCGGCCUUGGCCGUCCUGGCCGUCCUGGCCGUCUUGGCCUUCGUUCCCCAUGCUGUUGGCCAUCCUGCCAGCCAACCCCUGGCAGACAUCGGAAUGUCUGACGUCCCUGAACUUCCCACCAGUCCGCCCAAGCAGGAUGAUCCCAAGGAGAAGAAGUCCCUUUUCAAGAUGUUGCCGCCAGUUUUCCAGGAUUGGUAUCUUGAGCAGAAGCAAGCGAUCCAGCAGCAGAUGGAAAAGGCGCAGGUGACAUAUUACAAGAGCCCGCAUCGCCUAGUGCGUGUGAGCGGAGACGAAUUCCUCAAAAAGGCCCAGAAACAGUUGGCCCACGUAGAGUAGGUUCGAGCUUUGGCCAUACUUGCGCUGUUGCCCAGGGCAUCCGUGUGGCGCAAAGCCGAAUCCAUUUUGUAAUCUUAGAAUUUCCAUCCCUACAGGGGUGAAGCUAGCGUACAGUGCCCGUGGCGCAUGGGCGCCUUUCCACCUCGAGUGGCUCGAUUCUCCAUUCUUAGUACAGCUCUUUAGGGCGCGGCCUGCAUGCAAAUUGUUUCUGGCCUUAAAGCCCCACGCGACGCCGUCUAGGCUCGCACACCCCUGAGUACAGAUCCAAAUUCAUUUGGCUGCUCACAAAGGUGCAGCUCGCCCCGGGCCCUCGAAUCAAACUCUUCCAAGGUCUCAUGCUCGGACCCAACGAGCUCGGUUGAUG